AUGUUUUUCGUCAUUGGAAAUAGCUCUCAACUAGCCUGUGUGUACUCAGCGCUCAUCCUCGUCGACGAUGUCGCUGUGACCGAUGAGAGAAUCUCGACCAUCUUGAAGGCCGCCAACGUUGACAUCGAGCCCUACUGGCCCGCUCUGUUCGUCAAGGCCCUCGAAGGCAUCAACGUCAAGGAUCUGAUCACCAACAUUGGAUCCGGAGUUGGAACCGGAGGUGGUGCCGCCCCGGCUGCUGUUGUCCCGGCCCCCUCAAAAAGAAAGAAGAAGAACCCUAGGAGUCCGAUAACGAUAUGGGAUUCCGUCUGUUCGGUUAUAUUUGUUCCCAUCGGAAUGCGGCAGUGGGGAAUCGCAGGUUGAUAUUGAUAGCCUGUUAUUUCCUCCAACGGUGGCAUUUUUAUUCGUACAGUUUUAAUGUACAAGUGUACAAAUAA